AAUAAAUCAUCGCGUAUAACGGAAUCGAAGCUUUUCUUGAUGGACGGGCGCCAUGCGCACCACCGGGUGUCCUAUGUAGACGCCCGCUUCUCCUAGGUCCCGAGACCGUGGGUUCGAACUCCAGCCUCAGUGAACCGCUCACCCUGGACGCGACCUCACCCCCCCACGUUCAGUGAAAGCAGAAAAUAUUGUGCAGUGAUUGCCGUAAUCAGCUGAAAGUUCGACAAAAAAUAUUAUGAUGUCUACCGCAGAGCAGGUCGCCAGUAAGAGACUCAAUUUGGAGAAGGCCACCAACUUUAUGAGGCAAUAUAGGGAUCCAGAUUCCAGAGAACUCAAGAAAUUGUCCGCCAACCAAUUCAUGGAGGUCUGGAGUCACUACGACAAGGAUGGCAAUGGCUAUAUAGAAGGGACAGAACUGGAUGGUUUCCUGAGGGAAUUCGUAUCCAGUGCGAACAUUUCGGAUGUUGGACCUGAGGCUGUGUCCGAUGAAAUGCUGGUGGAGCUCAAAGCCUGCUUCAUGGAAGCUUACGAUGAUAAUCAGGAUGGAAAAAUUGACAUACGAGAACUUGCUCAACUCCUACCGAUGGAGGAAAACUUCCUUCUCCUCUUCCGAUUCGAUAACCCCUUGGAGUCCAGCGUCGAGUUUAUGAAGAUAUGGAGAGAAUACGACACGGAUGGAAGUGGAUACAUCGAGGCUGACGAGUUGAAGAAUUUCCUACGGGACCUUCUGAAGGAGGCCAAGAAAAUCAAUGACGUAUCCGAGGAUAAGCUCAUAGAAUACACAGACACAAUGCUUCAAGUGUUCGACGCGAACAAGGAUGGUCGGCUUCAGCUAUCGGAAAUGGCCAAAUUGCUCCCAGUAAAGGAAAAUUUCCUAUGUAGACAAGUUUUCAAGGAAGGAAUAGAAGGUGCCACAAAAUUAACCAAGGACGACAUAGAGAGAGUUUUCGCUCUCUACGACAGGGAUAACAAUGGAACCAUCGAGAAUGAAGAACUGAGAGGUUUCCUAAAAGAUCUUCUAGAACUCGUGAAGAAGGAUUACGAUGCUCAAGAUCUUCUGGACUUCGAAGAAACCAUCUUGCGAGGUGUAGACUACAACAAAGAUGGGAAAAUAAACAAGAAAGAACUGACAAUGAUCCUUCUGGCGAUCGCAAAGCACAAUCAGGAGGAGGAUACGACUGCAUAAAAGUUACUUCGAAAAAAAAAAUACCUGUGUUAACGAAAAUGUUGCCAAGAAUUUACUGAGGAAAAAACACUGUUUUGAGAUGUUUAGAGUUUAGAAAAUUAUGAUAUCAUGUUGCAGUAGAAUGUUUCAAGACACCAAUUUACAUAGAUAUAAGGAUAAGUGUAGUGCUUUUGUUGUUACAUAUCAAAAGUAUCAUUUUUCCUCAUAAAAAUUACCUUGUACUGAAUUUCUAUUUUUAUACGGAAAUAUAUGUUCAAGAAUUGCGUUCCAAGAAGCAUCACAGAGGAGAAUAUUCAUUUGACCAGUUUUUCGUACUCAAGAUAUUCAGUUUCCUAUCGAAGUUUUCAUUCUGAUAGAACAGUGUUUCUUAUCGAAUUCCAUAUUAAUUAUUUCAUCGAAAUUUCUUCAAAAAUUCAUUUUCCUGAUAUUAUGCAUCCAGGAAAACUCCAAAUGCAUCGCACGCUUCUGAACUAUCUGCACAAUCAUAUAUCGUAGAUUUUGAUCUUGACAAAAUAUUUAUAUAUCUGUAGAUUUGAUCAAAACGUUGAAACUAUGGAAAUUUUAUAUUCUUCGAAAUGAUUUUGUGAUACAUUUCGUCGAUUGGCUUGAUUUUUGGAAUGCUAUAGUGGAUUGACUGAUGUUGAUAUUCUCUUUGAAUCAAAUGUAAGUUUAGAUUUUUGUUGGUAUAAAUCAGAAUGAAGAGAUAUCAUUUCAAUGAAGUUAUUUGCAGCAAGGUUAGCAGUGAGAUGUGAAAAUGUGAUCUAGGAAACAGGCAUCAGUCAAUUCACUAAGAAUUUUUAGAAUAUGAGCGAUUUAUUGACUGAAAUGCUAGGUCUAUACUCAGUAUCUAUCUCAAAAUAAGAAUCUUAUUGGAUAUAGAAGAAAGCCUAACGCACAUGAUAUUGAACUCAUUAUAAAUUAUUGUCAUUGUGAUCAAUUUAAAUUUAAAGCUUUCAUUGUUGUUCUCUAAGACUACGCAGACGUCGAAUUAAAAUUGUUUUUGGUUCUGUACCCGGAAUGUUAUACCUACCUUUUUUGCAUACUUUUUGAACGACACCUUCUAUUUCAUAAGUGUUCUAUAAAAUAACGUAUCUGUCCUUAUAUGUGCAUUAUCACUAAUUAUAAAAAGACAAUAUCAUAAAUUGUACGUAUAUAGGAAAACAUGAGACGUUUGUUGCAAUUCAAAUUAAUAGAAUUAUCCAAUGUUCGAUAUAAACCUUAAAUACAUGGUAUUAAUAUUAAAUUUGUACUUUCUUUGAAGUAAUGUCUCCUUCACUGAACGUACUUUGAUUAUACAAUGAGUUGUAACAUAACUACCACAGGAGGAAGAUGCCAAAUCAGAAUUAUCAAAACACGAUUUAUGUAGCUUCAAUGAUACAAAAUGUUUGUACUGUUUGUAGUUUUUUCUCAAAAGUGGGCACUGUUGUUCAUAUUCAAGUUCCAUGUUACUGAAUUAAUAGGUUUAAUAAAAACUCCCUUCGUCUA